AUGGCGAGUCGUGAUAACCGGCCUUUCUCGUCGGAUGUCCACGAGGAUGCAGAGAGCAGCUCUUCCUCCCAUAUCCAUCAUCCCGAUUCGACAAGCAGCCACGACGGGCAGGACAAUCGAUCCAGAGUGAUAUGCCCUUGGCGGACGCCGCGCUAUUACAACCAGGAAUGCUCGCGAUACUUUGACUGUCCCACCCAUACCGUGGAGCGGGCACUUUCAGAGGACGCUGAGGAAGAGCGAGAGGAUGAGACUACACAGGAAGCUCGACAUGAUCGGCCACAGUCAGGGAUGAGCACAUCUGAUGACACCGGCAACGAAGAUGGUCCUCAGAUGACCGACCCGGGGCCACCAGAGCCACGUACAGCAACAACAGCCGGGGCUCCUUCUCAUCCUCCUCAGCUAGCAAGAUCAAGAUCGCCACCAGGCUCCAGUGCUGGCAACCCUAUCAUGCUGGAUGCCCCUCCAGCGGCCCCGCCAAGACAACGACUGGCUCCAUCGGCGCUUUCGGAAUCACAAAGAGGCAGUGUUAACAGCAGCUCCGGCGGGGUCUCCACGUCUCCAGCUCCUGUUGGCUCGCUGUCAAGGCAAAGUCGAGUGUCUGCUGCCGCUGCGGCACUUUCGCAAGCUGCCAGUCAGGCAGGCCAGUCUAGCUCAGUUGCUCAGAACCCAGUCGACGUGCAUCCAGGCACCCCUGUUGUGCUUCCCAGGUGGCAACCGGACGCAGAAGCAACCUAUUGUCCGAUCUGCCAUACCCAGUUCAGCAUCUUCAACAGGAAGCACCAUUGCCGCAAGUGUGGCCGUGUGGUCUGCGCUUCAUGCUCUCCCCAUCGCAUUACAAUCCCCCAUCAGUACAUCGUGCGGCCACCGGGCUCUUCUUCUCCGGUGCCUCAGCGCUCUUCUUCCUCUUCACACGAAAGCCAUUCGUUGUUUCCGGACUUCAGUGGCGGCGAGAGGGUGAGGUUAUGCAAUCCGUGUGUCCCGGAUCCCAACACGGCCCCGCCGUUUGCGCAGCAAGGCCAUAGCUCACAAGCGAGCACUCUUCUCCCAUCUCUACAACCGACUACUAGUCCAACUUCAAACCGCUGGAAUUACUACUUUGGCGCUCCGACUUCUUCUAGCGACCCUCUCGCAAGGAACCGCAGCGCAACAAUGUCUCACCCUACCCGAGGCCCUCCUUCUCUAACUUCUGGCGGCUAUGCCCAGCCGUCCACCUCUUAUACCCACAAUGCCUAUCCUGGCUACUAUUACCAAUCGAUGCUCAACCUUGGCGAACCAUCCUCUGCCGCCGCCUCCAGUUCUGGCCCUUCUUCCUCUACCUCAGCUCUGAACCGCCAGCCUCUCCGGUCGCAGCCUGAACGUGAGAUACCCGAGGAAGACGAAUGCCCGGUCUGUCACCGCGAGCUGCCGCCACGCACGCUCCCCGACUUCGAAGCUCGUCGCGAGCAGCACAUCAACGACUGCAUCGCCGCCCGCUCCAACAUGUACAACCGCUCUCGCGCCGCCAGCUCCAGCGCCGCUGGCGAGUCCUCGACGGCGAUGCCUCGCCCGCGGUAUACGCGCAUGUUCCCGUACACUGCGACAGAAAAGGAUUGUGUCGACGAUGCCGAGUGCACGAUCUGCUUGGAGGAGUUUGAGGUCGGCGCGCAGAUGGCCCGGCUGGAGUGUCUCUGCCGAUUCCAUCUGCGCUGUAUCAACGCUUGGUGGGAGAGGCAUCCGGGUCGGUGCCCUAUGCACCAGCAUGAUGGGUAUGGUUAUUGA